AUGUUCUUAUCCGCCUGCUGCAAAGGCAUCUCGGAGUGGCCGUUCGAUUCCCAAAGGCCGAGCCAUACCUCGGGUCAAGACCAGCUGCCCGACGACAUAUCCAGCUUCUCUGAAAAGUCUCACUCUGCUACGCCUCCGGCUCGAGAGAAACGGCCUGCACCUGCACAAGCAUUCGGCAGCCAACAAUCGUCGACCCCCUUCGAAGCUGAAAUCGACCACCUUCGACCGACUUCAUCCGACAUCGGCCUUGGCAUUCGGCUCUACUUUGAGUUUUGCCAUCGGCAACCGAUCUGGUGCUUCGAGCGAGACGAGGUUGGAGAUACCAGUUCGCUCCCCGACGAGCUUGCUUGCAGCAUCCUGGCUGUGACGUCUCGCUUCUCCAGGAAAGGCGACGAGCUGCAGGUCUAUGGUGAUAAUGCCAGAAGCAUGAUCAUGGUCCGCAUAGCCAGCGGAUCCGUCGGUCUUCCUACGAUAGAGAGCCUUUGCCUCCUCUCUUAUUCGUCGUUUAUAGAUGGAAACGUUCAUCUCGGCCAAUUCUAUCUUGGGCUAGGUCUCCAACUGUGCCGAUCCGCAAUGCUGGAUCUGGACGCCGGAUACACGAUGGACGAUCUCACGUUAGAGCGCAAGAAGAGAGUUUUCUGGAGCCUACAGGUUCUCGAUCAGUAUCAUGGCCGUCAGACUGGGGCCCUCAGCAUGCCAACAGAGAUAUGGCGCCAGUCAUACGGAUCAAGCGGUGUUGAUCAUCGUCAUCCCAUGGAGCUGGACGCCAAACCUCCCCCUCUGCCCAUCGACAAUGUUGGCCACACGGUUCCCAGCGAACCCGGCAUCUGGAAUACAAGUGUCCAUCUCGGCUGGGUCUGGAGUCGUGUGCGGAAAUACGUCUCGGACUGCGCUCAUGGAAUUUUCCGGGAACCUUGGCGGCGGGAUUCCAUGUAUGCCACCGUCUUGUCGGACUUUAUGGAGGCGGAAAAUAGGAUUCCAAUGUGUCACAGGUACGACUCGGUCAAGUUUGUCGAGCGCAAAAUGGAAGAUCUCAAGGUGAAUCGCGACUACUGGGUAACAUGGUUGAAGGAGCAGUUCACAUACCAUGCCAUACCGACAGUCCUCAACCAUCCUUUCCUCUAUAUUGUUGGUGCUCAGCACAACGCAAACCUGGCCAUUCCGAAUACGUUUUGGAGGCGGUCGUCGGAAUUGGCCUUGAUCCAUUCCACCUGGAUCGCACGAAUGAUCGACAUGGUGGUGAUUAAACAAGUGCCCCUGACGGAUCCUUUCUUCGGGCACAUUGCAGCCAUUGCAGCCACGGUGCAUCUGUAUUACUGUUGCGCAGCCGCGGCCAAACUGAAGCACAAGUCUAACACGGACUUUGCCAAGUGCAGAAGGUUUCUAAAGGGCUUCAUUCCUUUCUCGCCGGCAUGCCGAGCAUUGGACCGAAACCUGGACAAGAUGACUAGUAUUGCCGCGGGCUCCGAAGUAAACGAUGUCGAAGAUUGGAUGCCAUCCAGAAUCUACCUCAGCGUGCCGCUGAUGUGGAACAUUCUGCGGUUCAACUGUACCGCAGACUCGAGGGAGUUCUCCCACACCGGUCUGCUGGACCCGUCGCUGGCCCUCACCGUCGCUCACGAAGACGACGACGACGACGCAAUGAUGCUAGACAUUAUUGUGGCCACGUCGCCCGAAAUUACAGUCAAUACCGCCGACGGCGGUCAAGACGCGCCCACGUUGCCCUUCAAGGGAACGGUCAACUCGUCGCCAAGCUCGUCGCGAGAGACGGCCUUUAAUGAGAUAUCUGCCGAGCAGGCGGAUAGCCUUACCUUCAACACGACUCCCUGGCUAUAUGCCGAUCCUCCUCAGUUCAGUGACAUGACAGUCCUUGUUUAUGACGAAUCGCAGCCGAGCGCUGGCAGCGGCAGUAGCACGGCGUGGUGGGAAGGGGGGGGGCCCCAACGACGGUAUUUUCAGUCAGAUUUAGCGUGUACUUUGAAGCGUGCAAGUAACUAG